CCUUCGGUCGCCUUUUGUCUACUCUCGAUCUCUAAUUCACAGAUUCUUUCGUAAUCUUUCUUUACCACACCUUUCGUAUUCCACGCCACCGAGUUCGCAAUACUUCUCCGUCAUAACCACCUAUCGAAACCGACUUAUUCAAUUGAAUCGUUGCGGAAUCAUCGCCACUAUGGCAGACUACGAUGAAGAAUACGAGUAUGAGGAGGAGUAUGCUGACGAGAACAUCAUUACGCCGGAGGAUUGCUGGGUCGUUAUCGGCUCUUACUUCAAGAAGAAGGGCCUAGUUUCUCAACAGAUCGACUCUUUCAACGAUUUUCAAGAGACGACCAUUCAAGAGCUAGUCGAGGAAUAUUCUCAGAUUAGUGUCGAUGAACAUAAUCCGCCUUCUGCGGAUGGUCGGGCCAUUGCGCUUCGAAGAUAUGAUCUCAAGCUUGGUCAUGUAACCAUCGCGCGCCCUAUCGCUAUGGAAAGCGAUAACACCUCCGGUCCUCUACUUCCCUACGAAUGUCGCGACCGAAACAUGACAUAUGCUGCUCCCAUCUACGUCAAGGUUGAUAGUAAGGUGACUGCGUGUAUCGAACAGGACAUCCCUCUGCACGAGAUGGAUGAGGAGCAGCAGGCAGAAGCGCGCAGCACCGGAAAACACCCGACCCGCCUGGUUUGGGAGCCCGAGGAGAAUGUGCUAGAGACCCCCUCCGCCGACAAGGGCAAGGCUGGUGAUCAGAUCUUCAUCGGCAAACUUCCUAUCAUGGUCAAGUCCAAAGCGUGUCACUUGAACGGCGAGCCCGACGACGAGUUGUUCCUAUUGAACGAAUGUCCCUACGACCAGGGAGGUUACUUUAUCAUCAACGGAAGCGAGAAGGUUCUGAUCGCUCAGGAGCGAUCAGCUGCCAAUAUCGUUCAGGUCUUCAAGAAGGCUCAGCCGAGUCCGUUUUCUUACACCGCAGAGAUUCGAAGUGCCCUCGAGAAAGGAUCGCGGCUCAUCUCAUCUCUGAUGUUGAAGCUAUACACGAAGGGAGAUGCUUCCAGAGGAGGAUACGGCGAGACUAUUCAUACUACCUUGCCGUUUGUCAGGGCUGAUCUGCCGAUUGCUAUCGUCUUUAGGGCUUUGGGUGUUGUUAGUGACGAGGAAAUCCUGAACCACAUUUGUUACGACCGCAACGACAGCCAGAUGCUUGAGAAGCUACGUCCUUGUAUCGAGGAGGCCUUCUGUAUCCAGGACCGAGAGGUCGCUUUGGAUUACAUUGGAAAGCGUGGCAGGGAUUCGCACAACGUAGCCAGAGAUCGUCGUAUCAGAGCGGCGAAAGACAUCCUGCAGAAAGAGAUGCUUCCCCACAUCUCUCAGAGCGAAGGUUGCGAGACCCGAAAGGCGUUCUUCCUGGGCUACAUGGUUCACAAGCUUCUUCAAUGCUCUCUUGGCCGACGCGACACCGACGAUCGUGAUCACUUCGGCAAGAAGCGUUUGGAUCUUGCCGGUCCUCUCCUGGCUAAGCUAUUCAGAAAUAUUGUUCGCCGACUAGUGCAAGAGAUAACUCAGCACCUCAAGCGCUGCAUCGACGGGAACAAACGUUUCCAGAUUGAACUUGCCGCCAAGCCCGCCAUUAUCACCAACGGCUUGAAGUACUCGCUCGCUACGGGUAACUGGGGCGAUCAAAAGAAGGCGAUGAGCUCGACUGCCGGUGUAUCGCAGGUCUUGAACCGCUACACUUUCUCGUCGACCCUUUCUCAUUUACGACGAACGAACACGCCCAUCGGAAGAGAUGGAAAGCUAGCCAAGCCACGGCAGCUCCACAACACUCACUGGGGUCUUGUCUGUCCGGCAGAGACUCCCGAAGGCCAGGCCUGUGGCUUGGUGAAGAAUCUAUCCUUGAUGUGUUCUAUCAGUGUUGGAACAUCGACAGAUCCUAUCGUGGACUACAUGAUCACUAGGAAUAUGGAAGUCCUGGAGGAGUAUGAACCGAUGAGAUAUCCCAACGCCACUAAGAUCUUCCUCAACGGCUCCUGGAUCGGUGUACACCAGGACCCUAAGACCCUCGUCAGGGACGUUCAGGCCCUCCGUCGAGCCAACCAGAUACCUGCUGAGGUCUCGCUGGUUCGUGAUAUCCGAGACCGUGAAUUCAAGAUCUUUUCGGAUGCCGGUCGUGUGAUGCGCCCCCUGUUCCGCGUACAACAGGAAGACAUCGCCGAGCAGGGCAUCGAGAAGGGCACGUUGGCUCUUACCAAGCAGAUGAUCAAACGUCUAGAAGCAGAUGUCGAUCUGGACCCGGAGAGCGAGGCGUACUAUGGCUGGCAAGGUCUAGUCAACGAGGGAGUUAUCGAGUUCCUCGAUGCGGAAGAAGAGGAGACUGCGAUGAUUUGCAUGACGCCGGAAGAUUUGGACACCUACCGUAUGACCAAGCUUGGGUAUGAGGUGUCCCAGGACAACGGAGAUGAGGUGAAUAAGCGACUCAAGACUAAAAUCAACCCGUCAACGCACAUGUAUACCCAUUGCGAGAUCCAUCCCAGUAUGCUCCUGGGUAUCUGCGCAAGCAUCAUUCCAUUCCCAGAUCAUAACCAGUCUCCCAGAAAUACUUACCAAUCGGCUAUGGGUAAGCAAGCUAUGGGUUUUUUCCUCACGAAUUAUAAUCGUCGUAUGGAUACUAUGGCGAACAUCUUGUAUUACCCGCAGAAGCCGCUUGGCACAACGCGUUCGAUGGAAUUCUUGAAAUUCAGAGAGCUUCCAGCCGGCCAGAAUGCUAUCGUUGCCAUUGCUUGUUACUCUGGAUACAACCAAGAAGACUCCGUCAUCAUGAACCAGAGUAGCAUAGACCGAGGUCUCUUCCGAAGCCUUUUCUUCCGUUCCUACAGCGACUGUGAGAAGCGAGUGGGAAUUAAUACGGUCGAGACAUUUGAGAAGCCGUUUAGAUCAGAUACAUUACGUCUCAAGCAGGGAACGUAUGACAAGCUAGACGACGACGGAAUUAUUGCUCCUGGUGUCAGAGUUCUAGGAGAAGAUAUCAUCAUUGGAAAGACGUCGCCUAUCAACCCGGACAAUGAAGAGUUGGGCCAGCGCACGAAGGUGCACGUCAAGCGUGAUGCAUCUACGCCUCUUCGAAGUACCGAAACUGGUAUUAUCGAUCAGGUCAUUCUUACCACAAACCAGGAUGGUUUACGAUAUGUCAAGGUGCGAGUGCGAACUACCAAGAUUCCGCAGAUUGGAGAUAAGUUUGCAUCUCGCCACGGGCAAAAGGGAACUAUUGGUGUUACGUACAAGCAAGAGGACAUGCCUUUCUCUAGGGAAGGCAUUGUUCCUGACUUGAUUAUCAAUCCCCACGCCAUUCCUUCGCGUAUGACGAUUGCCCAUUUGAUCGAGUGUCUGCUUAGUAAAGUCUCUACCCUUAAGGGAAUGGAGGGAGACGCUACGCCGUUCACCGACGUUACUGUUGAUUCGGUAUCCAACCUCCUACGUGAGCACGGAUACCAGUCUCGCGGGUUCGAGAUCAUGUACCACGGCCAUACCGGACGCAAGCUUCGAGCUCAGGUAUUCUUCGGGCCCACAUAUUACCAGCGUCUGCGACAUAUGGUCGACGACAAGAUCCACGCGCGUGCCCGCGGUCCGGUGCAGAUAAUGACGCGCCAACCUGUGGAAGGUCGUGCAAGGGAUGGAGGUCUCCGUUUCGGAGAAAUGGAACGUGACUGUAUGAUUGCUCACGGCGCCGCCUCUUUCCUAAAGGAACGUCUCUUCGAGGUAUCAGACGCCUUCCGAGUACACAUCUGCGAAGUCUGUGGUCUUAUGACGCCUGUGGCCAUCUUGAGCAAGGGCUCCUUUGAAUGCCGUCCAUGCAGAAACAAGACCAAGAUCGCGCAGAUCUAUAUCCCGUAUGCCGCGAAGCUUCUGUUCCAGGAGCUCAUGGCUAUGAACAUCGCCACUCGCAUGUUCACCGACCGCUCUGGCGUCAGUAUCCGUUAAGAAUGACGAAGAACAUAGCCGGAACAUUGGGCGGCGGGUGUGACGGGGUUUCCGGGGCGGCAAAUGACGAAUCAAUCAGAUGGCUCGCUCACGUGUAAAUGCAUAUGGUUGGCGUUUUUCUCUUUCGUAUCUUCCCACAUGCAAGCCGAUAUCCAUCAGGACACUAUUGCAAUUAUAGGUUUGCACAUUAAGGCGUCAAAGGUUACAGGCUUCAGUAUGCCUCGAGAACGGGUCCCCA